AUGACCUACCAAUUUUAUUGCGACGCCGAGAUCCGCUCGAAGCGUCGAAUUCGGAACUGGUACUACGACAACUUGGUGAGAGUGCUGGAGCAGGCCAAGGAAAACCAGGCCCGGGAUAUGGACUUGUCUAUAACCAUGGCCAAGCAACUUAAAGCGAUCUUGGAUGAACCCCGCGCCAAACCUAUAGAAGUACCCCCUCACGACGUGAUCCCGCAGGACGAGGCUGAUAUGAUGAAGCCCGUGGAACCAGAAGUGCUGGACAUAUUGUACGGCAGCUCCGAGAAGUAUGCGGACCAGAGAUACCUCAAAGCCAGGAAUAAGAAGUCACCAGAAGACAAAUAUUACUUCCGCGUGGUAUCAAGCUGGGACUACGGCUGGCAGCAGAAAUCGAGUCGUGUGCCAGCGAAGGACUGCCACCACGGCCGCUGUGCGCUCCUCAGGGAAACGUUCUACAGAAAGAACAAUCCUACCCCGGACCCGCCCACCUACGCCUUACCUGUAGGAGGAGAGUUCUCAAUAUGCACGCAGUACUCAUGCUACGCUGGCUAGAUGUAGGUUUGUUCUAGUGGAAGAUCAUCAAAGCCGCUGUAGGUAAAGAAUGUUCUAGAAUCUAGAGGAAAAACCUUACGCACUAGCUCGUCGCUGACCUACGCAGUAGUACGCGUGGCGGCUCUCUCCGCAAUUCUUUCGCCG